AUGGAGAAUGCAAGAACCAAGGAGCGGAAUUCCACCGAGUCGUCCAAGGAAAACUGUGGAAAUCCCAAAUAUGAACAAGUGUCAGAAGCUGAAGAGGAUCAGCGGGCUUCUGAUUCGCCAGGCACCAGUGCUUUACCUGGAACCUCAGCGAAGGGGACCAAACGAAAAACACUAGCCCGAGAUGACAAAGUGCUCUGCCCAAAGAAGGCAGAAUGCAGUGACAACCCAAAACCUCGGAAGAAGCCACCAAUUCCUCCGCUUCCCUCUAAACUGCCACCAGUUACCCUGCUGCACCGAGACAUUGUACGUGCCUGGUGCCAACAAUUAAAGCUGAGCUCCAAAGGCCAGAAAUUAGAUGCAUAUAAGCGCCUCUGUGCAUAUGCCUACCCGCAUCAAAAGGAUAUUCCUUGCACACCAAAAGAGGCCAGAAUCCAGACCAAAAAAUUAAAGGCAAACAAGAGGGAGGCUGAUCUUUCUGAAGUGGCUUCUCCCCGUGAGGCAGGGUUGUCUGCCCCGGAAGAGGCGGCUACUCUCCUUGAGGGAGUUAAUAAAGUUGUGGUGACCACGUCUGCCCCUGAGGCUAUGCUGGCCUCCUGGACCAGAAUUGCAGCCAGUGCCCAGACUCUGGAGGCCGUGGAAUCUCCACAGGAGACCUAUGGUGUCAGGUGGUGUGUGGUCCAUGGGACAAGCCUCCCUGCAGACACAGAAGGUUGGGUUCACCUCCAGUUUCAUGCUGGUCAAGCCUGGGUUCCAGAAAAGCAAGGAGGGAGAGUGAGUGCUCUCUUCCUGCUUCCUGCCUGUAAUUUUCCACCCCCGCAUCUCGAAGACAAUAUGCUGUGCCCCAGAUGUGUUCACAGGAACAAGAUCUUAAUAAAAAGCCUCCAGUGGGAAUAGACUGCCAGGAGAAAGGGCACAUCUUUGUAAUUAACGGCAGAAAAGUUUGACAGCCAAUUCCAUAGUGCUGCUGAUGGCUGAACCCUGGUCCUC